GAAAAAAAGAAAAAGGAAAACAAAUUGUUGUAGACGACAAUGAAGCAAAAGUUUACUGUAAAAUGUGAAAAACUAACGCAAAAUACAUAAAUUUGCCCCGUCAUAGCGGCAAUUUGCACACCAAACAAACGAAGCGCAAUGGAUAACGCACGGAAACAUGCGACCAGCACGGCGACGGCCACGAGUGAUUCUAGCAUGGCCCUUAUCGAUUUCAAGAAGAUUUGUCGCAUCUGCGGAAAAUCGGAGGAUACGCUCACCUCGGUACAUUCCCGCUAUCAGAACGAUUUACGGGGCAAAAUAGCUCAAUAUCUUAACAUUGAUGUCAAGGAAAAUGACACACUUCCCACGAAAAUUUGCUUUUGCUGUAAGGAUAUCAUUACCAAGUGGCAUGAUUUGUUUGAGAAGUGCCGUGUGAUGGACGAACGGUUUGCAUCGAUAGUGAAAUCACGCGAAGAGCAGCUCCACAAGGAAUUGACGGUGGAUGGUGAGAAUGAAGAGUUCAACGAGAAGAAUGGUCGAUCAUCGCUGGAAGAUGGUGAAUCUAAUGGUAGAUUUGCCAGUACUGCAAAUGCUGCACCACAGGAAUCUGCUGCAUCUCCUCCUGAUCUACAGUCGAAGAAAAGUCAAAAAUCUGUUGCAAAACCUAGAGCUGUUACCUGCACGUUUUGUCAAACGAAUGCUACCACAAACGGUAACACACGAUACGAUUCUCAAUCUGCGCUCGUGGAUCAUAUGAAAGAGCAACACUGGGAUCAGAUAUUUCAUUGUGAGCAGUGCGACAACUAUCUGGAUCGGGCUAUCCUAAUCGAGCACAUGACGAUGCACGCCCUGAGCUUGCUUCAACCCGGCUCGGCUACCGAAGGAACGGAACAGGAGCCAGACAGCAUGGCAUCCGGCUCGGGUCUGGGAGAGGACGAACCGGAAGGCGAAAUGGAAGAAGCCGAAGGUAGCCAGCAAACGACGGAGCUAAAAUCGGGAGAGGGCAGCACGAACAAAGAGAACGACGAAAAAGAUGUGGCUAGCGCUGCCCCAGAUCCUAUCAAAGCUGUGGAAGGGCGCAAUCUGUACUGCUACAUAUGUGAAAAAACGCUCGGAAAUCGUAGCGCCUAUUCAUACCACGUUAAUCAGGUGCAUUUAAACAUCAAAAAGUUCGAUUGCACCUUCUGUGAGAAAAAGUUCGGCAACCAGCGACUGCUGAACAACCACAUUGCCAAUUUGCACUCGCGGGAACGAAACUUCGGCUGCACCGUGUGUGAUAAGCGCUUCAAGACGAACGUUGCCCUGUACAACCACAUGCGGGUGCAUGACGAUAAGCUGCAGUUCAGCUGCCGGUUUUGCGACAAAAAGUUUCGGUUCCGGAAUCAUCUGGUCAGCCACGAGCUGGUCCACCUGGAUGAGCGGAGUUUCUCCUGCAAUCAGUGUGAAAAGAAGUUCAACACGGCGGAAUGUCUGCAGAAGCACAAACUAACGCACGUUACGACAGAACCAUUCCAGUGUCCACUGUGCGGCUUUAGCACGAAGCAAAAGCGUUAUCUGGUGCUGCAUGCGAAGCGCAUUCACAUGGUGCGAUAGAUUACGGGCGGCCAAAACAACACCAACACAAUCUGUGUGGGGAAGGAGCAACCGACGAUACUCAGACUUGUUCGUAUUAAUACUCUUUAUCCCAAUGGUAAGUAGCAAGUAAACACAGUUUUUUUUUGUUUUACGUUUAAUAAUGCCAUACAGACAGGCAAUAAGCGAACUAAGCCAUACACGGCGGCCAACCCUUAGCACCUAUGCAAAGGGGCUGAUAAAUAUAGUCAGAAAGCAGACGAACAGAUGAUCAGAAUGAGCAUUCAAUACUCAUGAUCCAAUUGAUCAUCGAAAUUGAGCAACACAUUCUCUUAGCUACCGGUGUACCUGAAAACAAAGAAAGAGAAAAGAGGAAAAAAACAUUAGUACGUAAAAUUUGAAAUUGUAAUUGUUUUAGUGGAAUCGAAAUCAAAUAACAAAUGAUUGUGUGCUCAUGACUGUAACGCAACUAGCAGCAGCACUAGCAGCAGCAGCAGCAGCAACAAAAAGAACAAAAAAAAAUACUAAAACUAAUUAAAAUGUCGUAGUCAAAAUCUAAACGAAAUCUACUUCAAUUCGAGCAAAUUAUCUAGCAUAUGCGUACAUCAUCAUCAUGAUAACAUAUUUAGUAUGUCGAGUUGCCAGCCGUUACGUAGAACUGUUUGUCGCACGAAAGCAGUCGACACAGCAGGAUAUUUUGUUUUCAGCAACACACUAGCCGUAUUUAAUGUUCAGCGCAAAACUUGAGCGAGCGUUAUUGAGUUUUGAAACAUGUUAAAACGUUUUAGUUGCAUCCAUACUAGGUUAGUUGCUUCGUUAAAGCAUUUAGGGAAAAGGCCUACAAUUGCUACUGUUAAUGGCAAUGGUUGAAUGUGCCACAAACAUUGAACACAUUGUUUCUUUGUUGGUUUUCUUAUGUAAACGUACGCGUUUCUUUCGACCUUCGAGAGCUGUAUUGUACCGCCAGUAUUUAUUCCACGCCGGUGUUUUUUUGCACUAUUUAUUAACUUAUUUAUUUAUUUACGUUUUAUGCGUAGUGAAUCGUUAUUGUUAAUCUGUAAGACCGCGUAUUUAUUCAUCGGAGCCAAUAAAUUAAGUAGAACGUGCUAAGUUAUUCACUGUCGUAGCGCAAC